GUAACUUAAUAAGGAAUUCAUACAAACUGAAACAGUGUGUCACAGAAUGGCUGACUACAAGGCAAUUGUUACUGGUGGAGCAAAAGGGAUUGGUCACGCAAUUACCUCUGCUUUACUGAAGGCGGGUGGAAAGGUAGUAUAUAUGUAUAAAAAUCCCAUAUUUAAUUAAUUGUGUUUAAAUUUCUCCUUCGACGGUUUGCAUAACAUUGUCAUUGAGUUUGAAAGGCAGUACAUGAUUUGGGAAGGUUUGUCUAAGGCAAGCGUUUACGACCUGCCUGAGAAUAAUAAUCUUAGACUUAGUUCAAAUGUCCGUUUUAUGUCUGAAUAAAAUGAGUAUGCGUUCGAUUUGUAAACACACGGAGCAAAUGUCCUUCUGAAUAGGCAUGACGUUUGCCAUGAAAUUUUCGUAUCGUUUGCAUCCAGUAAAAUAUUGAGCACAUAUAGAACACAACAUGCACGCGCAGUACAAUCUCCACAACACCAGGGCCGCAGGGCGCUAUAAAACACGUGUUUUAUAGCGCCCUGACAACACAUAGUCCUAGAUCGCGCGAAAGACUCUGUAGAGUGGUCUUGGGAGGAACCAUUGCACCACAAGAGACCCAGACUCUAUUUGCCCAUACUACCGAGGCAUCCGCGGGCAAAUAGAGCCUUUCCGGGGGGGGGGGGGGGAAUAGGUUUUCAGAUCGUCGGAUUUCACAGAAAAAAAUUUCGGAUCUGGCGAAUAUUUUAAACGGAUUUGCGGAUCUUAUUAAUACAGCGGAUGGCGGAUUUAUGUAAUAUUUUGGCUCGGAUUGUGGAUUUAGCUUGCAAUUUAGUUCGGAUCCUGGAUUGUGACUUCAUAGUAAAGCUUUUAGCGGAUUCAAAUUUAGACAAGAUCAUUGUCGGCUCGCGGAUUUUGCUUCAAAUUUGGGCGGAUCGACGGAUUUGUAUACCUUCUUUACCUCUCGUGUGAUUGCACGUCAAGAUUUCCACAAUUUUUAAAUCAUUAAGUAUAAAGUAUUUCUUGAUCAAAUCAAACAUAAUACUAUAGGCCUACUAAAUAUAGUCCGCACUCCAACAGCCAGGGGUCCAGGGAUGGGGGUAGUAUCGCAUUUACCGACAACAUUUCAGUCGCUAAUUAAUAUUUGUUUUUCCAAAAUUGUUGGCGAGCAUGGAGGUGGGAGGCAAAACGUUUUACGAACGUACCAUUUUUCACUUUAACUUUCAAGUUAAUGUACCGUAAUGUGUUAAAUUAUUCGGUAAUAUUUUAGUAAUUUUAUCAAACUUUGCAUGUACUACUGUAUAUAUUUUCGACAUGAUGCUUUUUUGCUAGGCCAAAAAUAUAUGUGGGUUUCCCUAUUUCUUCUUGUAAAAACGUAGGUAGGGUAGGUCGGUUUUAACUUUUUUUUUAAUUUUCCUAACAACCGGACGCCAUUUUGUUUAGUCAAUGCUUCCACAUUCGAAGAUAAGUUUCCCUAAUAUUGCCUCAAAUUUCCAUUUUCCACAAACAUUUUCCUCUAAGUGGAAAAACUUACGAGCAUGAUCCAAAAAAAGUUUAGGGUCGGGAUUUCGGCGUCCAAAAGCUAGGUAGGGUCGGGAAACCGGAAACCGGCAUCUUUUCUUUUGCCUUAAUCAAGUGAAAACGGCUGGAAGUCUCAUCUUGUUAGAAGCCACGACGCUUGUUUUCACGAGGGCAUGACAAAGUUUGCAUGUUCCUAAAUCGUAGAACAAAAAUCCAAUGACCGUUGCUCACGACCUAAGAAUAAUAUUUUUGUAAUAUAAACGCGAAUUGGAAGUCAGAACUCAGAACGUAGCACACGUCGAAACCAGUGAUAAAGCCAGGGACCGCGCAGCGAAUUUACAAUUGGGGGCUGGUGUUGAGAGGAAGUAAGUCCACGAACCUUCCUAGGGUGCAUGGGGGCAUUUACAAGCAGCCCCUUCGGGCAUUUCCGACAAAAGUUUGUUUAAAGUAACCAUAUGCCUGAUGAUAAGCAGAUAAUUAUAUAUUCUGUAAAACACAUGUCUAACUGAAAAAUUAGUUCAAAUUAUUGUAUCGUGAAAGAACAUUUACACAGCAAAUAUGCAACGGUCAAGUCAAGCGUUACUUUGCUUUGAAAAUCACGUGGGCACUUGGUUAAGUUUGGUGAAUAAAUUAAUGUCAACCUUGCAUGCAAUUACAGUAUUGCCAGUUGAGCAAGCAACUAUAGUAGUAUUUAGUAUUGUAGUAUUUAGUAUUGUAGUAUUUAGUAUAGUAGUAUUUAGUAUAGUAGUAGAUUUAGUAUAGUAGUAUUUAGUAUACCAAUUUCCCAAACCAAGCACAAAGGGCAUAUCUUUCAGUAUCAUGAAAAUUAACGAUGGAGAGUUUUCUUACAAAGAACUGAAGGUAUGGAAUGGUUUAUGGGUUGACCUAUAUACGGAAUACAAUGCUAAAUAACAGAUUUAGGUUAUUAUAAGUUUGUGGUCACAUUUAAUACUAUUUGCAUGUACUGCAAAAUGUCAAAUUCAAAUGUACAAAAAUCGUAAAGAUAAGUUGCGCUGACUGAUGUGAUGAUACAAAAUAUGGAUUGAAAUAUUUUCUUGUAAGUCGUUUUCAUAUGUGGUUUAAUUGCAUGGUGAUAAUUUUUUCGGUGAGCGGUGGCGAGCCACUGAUAAAUCACGAUAUUUUGCGAUCACCGAGUUCAACAAUUCUUUUAUCUACUAUUUCACUCUCAUUAAUACAAAGCAGAAGCUCAAAGAAUAGAUAAACAAGCCAGUACAACAACAACAACCUCCCAGUGUCACCUGCAAUUGAUCAACUUUAGAAACAGUAAAUUAAAUGAUAAUGCCGCCGGUUAAUUAUUGCAAAACAUCGUAAUUUGGAAAAAUAUGCUGGCCGACUCGUAUCAAUUAGCUAUUGACAAGUAUUUUGCUCAACCUUAUCAAUUACUGUCCACAGGUUUGCUUUUUGGAUGUUUCAGUCUCGGAAGGAGAGAAGGCACAGAAAAGUUUUGAUGAAAAAUAUGGUAGUGGAAAAGCUGUGUUUCUAAAGUGUGAUGUUUCAAAGAAGGAUGAACUACGCGGUACGUAUACAGCCUCUAUGUAAAUGUGAUUCUGUGUGAAUGAAUGUAAUUCUAUGUAAAUGAAUUCGGGGGUUCGUGGAUAAGUGGUGCGGGUUUUGAGCGGAUAAAUUUGGCGCAGGUAACUGUUUGCAUGCAGGUGGGUAUUUUCACAAAAACGAGAAAAUUGAAUGUUUUUAAUCAAUCUCUUUCCCAGAGUAUGCCUGUUCGCGGAUUAUGUAGUGGCACUACAUAACCCACGAACAGGCAUACUCUGGGAACGAGAUUGGUUUUUAAUAUUCCCAUGUUUUAUUUUUUAGUAACCUUUAAUUGAAUCUUGCAUUUAGAUUAGCCACUAGUGAACGUCAAACGGUUUCAUGGAUGAAAUCUAGUGUAAAUUAACGUUCUUCAUUUGAUCAUUCUCUCAUUUGAUCCAGAGCAUUUGAUCAUUCUCUCAUUUGCUCAUUACACUGCCCAGGAAGGGAAUCAGUGUGUUACAUGUCCGUUUUUGUUGUUGUCGGUUUUGCACACUAUAAUUUUUACAAGUGACUCAUGCGAACCUUUCCCUGUUCCCAUUACAUAUAUAGGAUAAUUAGGAUUUUAAAAGUGUACCUUAUGGACAAUAUGGGUCAAGCUACAAUUAUGCUAUGUAUUUCCAAUAAACAUGGAUCUCAUUGAUAUUGAUAACUCGUAUAUUUUGUUCUCUAGAUGUAUUUCAUCGAGCGAAAACUCAAAUGGGUGGUUUGAACGUGGUGUGUAAUAAUGCUGGAGUAGCGUUCUACGAAGAUGAAGGAACUCAUUCUGAUGAAAUUAUUUCUAUUAAUUUGGUAGGUCGGUUUAUGCCCGUUUUUGCGUAGCCUCGUACGGUGAUCGCAGUUUAUUUUAAUCCGACAUUCGAAACUGACGAAACUCCGUAAAUGGGAUUUAAUGCAGAUACGACUCGUCAAAAUGGCGGGAGCUUACAGUAAACCUUUUAAUAUUUAUCUAGUUUGGUAUUAUAUAAAACAAAUAAUGAAUGUUUUUAUUCGUGCAAUGGUAAGAAUAUUUUCAUUCGGUGAAUUUUUUAUUUUUUUUGUUGUUCCAUUCAACUCGGCUGUCGCCUCGUUGAAUGGAACAUUCCAUCUUUCACCUCAUGAAAAUAUUCUUACCAUUGCACUCAUAAACAUUCGUUAUUUGUAUACUAUUAUAGGGCAGUGAAAAUAUGGAAUGAUUUGGACAGUGAACUGAAGCAGAUCACAACCCUUGAUAAAUUUAAGAAGAAUCUAAAAGAACAGUUAAUGAAACAGUUUCAUAAUAGUAUAUUUUAAUAUUCUAGCAUACGGUAUAUGGAAAUUUUACCUUGUAUUAAAUACAGAACUGGACAAUCAUUUUUAUUAUAAUUAAAUAGAACAUAUUAAUAAUUUUACACUAUAUACAUAUUUGUAAUAAUUUUUGUAAUUGAGUGUUGAAAAGCCCAUAUGGGAACACACAAAAACUAAUCAUAAUAAUAAUAAUAAUAGGAAUAUAAGAAUAUAUGAAUAUAAGAAUAUAAGAAUAUUAAUAAUAUUAAUAUAAGAAUAUAAGAAUAUUAAUAAUAUUAAUAAUAUUAAUAAUAAUAGUAAUAAUAAUAAUAAUAAUAAUAAUAAUAAUAAUAAUAAUAAUAAUAAUAAUAAUAAUAAUAAUAAUAAUAAUAAACAAAGCCUUGAAUUAUCAAAAUGUCGAUAACUAUAAGACUAUGUUAGUAUAUUUUGAACUUAGUGUUUAGUCUAAGAGUGAUAACAAACUUUGACCCUGUGCACCCAACACCCCCCUGCAUGGCUCAUAUAACGUAAACUCCUAUUAAAUAUUUCGUAUAAGCAAUAAUAAAUAAGAAUAUGAAGCUCCCUUAUCGAAUAGCUUCGAAAUAAAUAAAUGUUUCAAUGGGUUAUCCCAGAUGGUGAAUUAUAACGGUAUAGUAAACAAGCGUUAUCUAUGUUUCACAAUAUACAGGGUGGUAUAAUUAAUGGCAGCAUGCUAGCGCUUGAAUUAAUGGGGAGAGGUUAUGGAGGAAAUGGUGGUGUCAUCAUUAACAUGUCUUCAGUUGCAGGUAUACAUAUUAAAUCCAGUUUUGUUUUGGUUUGUUUAAUUAAAGGAGAAUCCUGAGGCUCGCGCGCUUCAUAUUCGGUUUAUAUGAGCAAGUAUAUGAAAGAUUGUAUGCAUGUCAAUCAUGGAAGAAAAGUUCCUUUUAAAAAAAUUCUUUAAAAAGAAGGUUCUAUUGAGUAUUCUUAAUUUAUAUUGGUAGUGUAACAAAGUUUCUAUUUACAUACGAACUAUCGAAAGAACAGGCCUCGUGGCCGAUCAAAGUAGUGUAUUUUAUUUUAUAUGCAAAUAAGAUUCAUAUAUUUAUAUUACUGCUGAUCGAAAUUUUUUAUCAAAAACCGUGUAAGACAUUUCUCAACUUAUAGCCGCCUAGACCUGUAGACCAAGCUAGUACUUUAAGGAGUAUAGUAUACUCAAUACCCUGCAAAUAUAGAAAUACCAAACUUAUAUACGUAUCGUUUAAAUCCGCUAUAUGUUGAAGAGCAAUAUGGGUAUGUUAUGUAAAGUCAGGUCUGGUGAAUUUUUGCAACUACUGAAGUUUUAGGGUGUUUAAUUUUUCAGGUGUGAAAAAAUCUCUGGUGGUUCCUAUUUACUCUGCUACAAAGGCUGGUGUCGUUCAUUAUUCACGAUGUAUUGCGCAGGUUUGUUAUUCAAGAUCGACUGCAUGCAUGCUUGGUUUUUCCUAUGAUUUUGGCGUAACGUAAUUCGUCAUCAAAAUGCUCACGCCUGCAUUGUCUUCGCCAGUGCACUCAUGAGAGGCAUUCACCCCCGGUUUAAUGGAUAAUAUUCAAAAUGGCAGACGUCCAGGGGGUGAAUGCCUCUCACAUAAGUGCACUGGCUGGGACCAUGGCGUUAGCAUUUUGAUGACGAAUCUGAAUCAUUGCAAAUCAUGGCCUGGCAGCGUUAAGGCCUGUUUACACUUGCAAUUUUUGCUGCGAUUUCUAAUGCGAUUUUCUCCUUCUGAUGCAUGUGAACGAGUAGAGGAGUCGCGAAUGUUCGGAGUACAUGUACAGCAAUGUUAACAUUCGUGACUAAAUUGACUUAUCUACUCGUUCACAUCAAGCAGAAGAAGAAAAUCGCACCUAAAAUCGCAGCAAAAUUUGCAAGUGUAAACGAGCCUUUACGCUCUUUUUACUGUGUCGACCUUCUGCAAAUUUCAUCAGUUAAAUUCAGUUCUGGGGCUAGCUGGUCGAACGGCGUUUAUAACUUAAACGGCAUUUAGCCGCUAUCUGCAGCGUACAAAAUUCCCUAUAUAUCCGACGGUUUACUUAGUUAACGGCCGAUAAAAUUGCGUUGCACAAAGCCCGUUUAGUACCGCGUUUAACUUUCCGUAGGAUAACUUUUUUCCUGAAAUUUCAUACCUCUACGUCAGCAUGCAAUACUACAGCAAUUUUUUUAUUUUCACAUAGAUAUAGUGCUGCGUUUCUCAUUUAUUUAUUGUACACAUUUUUUACUUCUUUAUGCGAAGAGCCGAAGGCAAUAGCCAAAAUUGUGAGUUGUGUUGUCUACUUUCAGUUGAAUAGUUGAGUCAGUUUUAUGUUGUUCCUGCACCUUACACUUUAUUUCAAACAAUUUUAAAAGCGUAGGCCUAUAUGUCUGUAUCGGUCGAGAAACUCGAGAGUCAAGACAGUUAAGUUGCGAAAAAUUAGAUUUGAUUUUAUCUCACCUAGAUAGAUAUUUCAAAAAACUGAUCAAUUUUAUUUUUAUAAAAUUUUCUAAAGUUUAAAAAAUCGAUUCGGUUAAAAUGUUGUUUUAUCCUACUUAACUUGUAUGCACGAAUUAUUUUACAAGAAAUUUCCAGAAAACGUGCUCACAUGUCGCCUUUGCCGUACAUUGAAACCCCGCAGCAUAUAUAAGAGUAUAGAAUUCAAGAACCUGUUAGCCGGCUAUAAAAUAUUAGGCUAGAAUUUCAAAACAGAUUCUUAUAUUAACAAAUAGAGUAAAAAUUAAGUCAUAAGUUACAAUCAGUACGUGUAGCUUUAAAAUGCAUAUAUAUAUAUAUAUAUAUAUAUAUAUAUAUAUAUAUAUAUAUAUAUAUAUAUAUAUAUAUAUAUAUAUAUAUAUAUAUAUAUAUAUAUAUAUAUAUAUAUAUAUAUAUAGUGUUGGUAUAGUGCAUGCAUAUACUGUCAUUUUUUAGAUCAUUUGUGGCAUAAUUUAUGUAAAUCAUAUACCAUACCUCCCUAAAAUGAGUCGCUUUUCUCUUGAGAAAAUAAGAACCUAUUUAAGAACUUGUUUAGCCUAAUUUCCUGGUAUAAGACCAUUUCCAUAAGAACCUGUUUAGGCUAACUUGGAAAACUAAGUUCUUUAAUAUAUACGGGGUUUUAUACUGUAUUGUACAGAACGUCAUGAAAUUAUUACGUCCUGAUUUCCGAAAGUCUCGCAAUGAUACCGCAUGCAAGGAAAACAUGCGUUUUGUAUUCCUUUAAUUUAUACAGAGACGAAAAUAAUCCAAAGGUAACAGGAAAUACUGCUGAAACACUUUUUAGCAUUAAUACAUUAAAAAGUUUUAUUCAUGAUCGAAAUAUAACUGUUUUUUUAUUUUUUCUUCGUCGCCAUGUUACAAAAUACUUAAUGCUUGUUCCCGCGCCUCCGUAUAGCAGGCGUUUAUUUUGCGGGCGCCCGUCGCUAUACCCACUUGCUACGCAGCCUAUCGGGAACUCUCGCGAAUUGAGUUCCAUGUGUGAGCACCAUAGUACAUGAGACUAUUUUUCGUAUAAUUUAUUAUUAGUAUGCCAAGUUGUGGUAAACAAAGAUUACCUGUUAUAAUUUUCACCUCACUUUUAUAAGUAAAAACGUUUGUGAUUGGCUCAGGACCCAUUGUAUUUAAAGUUUAACACAUUGUUUUUGCUUUGUGCCCUUAAUUUUACCCCAGGUAGAACUCGCGUGAAAUAACCACUGUACAACCAACUAAUUUUUCAGUCAUCAUCGCAAGAUCAUGGUGUAAGAGUGAACUGCGUAUGUCCAGUUGCUGUUUACACUGACAUGGUAGCGCGCUUGCUUAAUAAUACAUGGGACGGAACAUUUAAACCUCCUCAGGAACUUGCCGAUUACCUGCCGAAAACUCACGAAGCGGCGCGGGAGAUGUACUCGAAGUAA